AUGUGGGACAAAUCAGAUACGAAAGAAAAGCCUUUCUCAUGUGACAUCUGCUCCAAAUCGUUCGCUCGCAGUGACCUUCUGGUGCGACAUGAGCGCUUAGUACAUCCAGCUGAAACGGCGGCUGGUCGAGAACACCGUACACACAACGGAACCGAGAACAGUCAUCAUGAAAUUCCAAUUCAGUCAACCAUAAUUCAACCCGCCCAUCACGAGUCACGCAUGCUAGAGCUAGCAGACGCCAUCCCCGUUCAUACCCAGAUUCCCCCUCCUCCUCCCCCACCAGAGGUGCAGGUCCAACCACCGCCAAUAGUAGAAUCUCCACACUUCAAUCCGUCUUGGGGCUAUGACCUGAAUUUAUUGUCGCAUGCCGCGAGCCAUGUCGCUUUGGAAGGGCAACAAGAGAGUUUGGAGUCGAUGAGAAAGCCAUCUCACUCCGUCGGCACACCAUCUCAAUCUCUUGGCCAGGCCUCUGAGAGAGGUCUUACUGAUAAUUAUGGGUUAGAGCCCUCAAUACUUGAUCUUACGGACUUGGGCGACCCUGUCCAGGAUUUUACAGUAUUUUUGGAAAGUGUUGGUCUUUCGUCCGAUUGGGAUUCUGGUGUCUUUUCGUCUGUAGAGGAACCGAUGAUGCCACCAAAUUUAUCUAUGGAUUCAAAACAACACGUUCGAGAUACAACAUCGGCCGCAAGACUAGGCGGCGAUCUCAUGAGUGACCCCCGAAUGCAAGUGGAUGAUCCGCCUUCUUUCUCCAACUUUGGUUCACGGUUACCAUCGCUACAGCCUGAGUCCCACGAUAUGGAGGAUCGUAUUGGACUGCAAGAUGAAGGCUCUCGACCAGCAUGGGACAUUUCCAAUUACGAUCGCCAGGUAUUUGUUUCGAAACUUGAGGAAUUCUCAUUCGUUCUUCCUAAAGGCUUUGUGGCACCAUCUCGACACGCUUUAUCCCGGUUUUUUGCUGGUUAUAUAAACGGAUUAAAUGAGCAUCUACCAUUCGUACAUGUGCCCACUCUAUCCAUCGCCAAGUGUUCCCCUGAACUCACAUUAGCGACGGCGGCAGCUGGUUCACAUUAUAGAUUUGAAAAUGGUCGAGGAAUUGACUUGUUCCAUGCAGCGAAAGCUAUUUUGCUGGAGCGUCUUCGCCGACGCGACAGUCGACAAGUACCUCGCCCUACAUGGAAUUAUAUUUCUCCUCCUUCUGGCCAUUAUAACUCGCGAGGGUCCUCAAUGAUCUCAAACACUGCGAGCAGUCCAUUUCAAUCCCAACAUCAUCAGCCAAAUCAACCUGUUAAUCCUUCGAUAUAUACCCCGGAUGAUUCGGAUGCUCAUAUGGAAGUGAUCCGAACUUUCUUGCUUCUCACUGUUUUUGCUUCCUGGGAAAGACACCCAGAAUUACUGCGAGAGAUCCUUUCUCUGCAAAGCACACUGGCACGACUCGUUCGUGAACAUGGCUUGACAGAACCACCACCUACUCCAGAUCCCAUCAGUUGGGAAGAAUGGGUAAGGCGAGAAGGUAACAGGCGAACGAAACUUAUCGUCUACUGUUUCUUCAAUCUUCACUCAAUAAUGUACAAUAUACCGCCGUUGAUUUUGAAUGGGGAGUUGAAGUUGAAUAUGCCUUCCUCCCAUGACUUGUGGAAAGCUAGCAAUUCAAGCCAAUGGCGUCGGGUUUCCCGUGUCAGACAAGGACAAGGCUCUGAUAUACCCUUCCAAGAUGCAUUUGCUCGACUAUUCUUGAAAUCAUCCACCUCGCUUCCAUCGGCCCCAAUAUCUCCAUUAGGGAACUAUAUUCUCAUCCACGCGAUCAUUCAACAGAUAUUCUUUGCCCGUCAGCUCUGUCUGUCUGCCCCCAAUAUGCACGGCACUAGUCUCAGGCAGGAAGAUCUCAAUGUUCUGGACAACUCCUUGAGCGCCUGGAAAGCCCUCUGGAAACGUACCCCAGAAUCUAGCAUUGACCCUCAGAAUCCAGCUGGCCCUAUCGCAUUCACAUCGACAGCCCUUCUCGGUCUUGCUUAUAUCCGGUUGCACGUGGACUUAGGUCCCUGUCGACAUCUCAUCACUCAAGAUCCAAUGCAAAUUGCCGGGGCUCUUACCGAAUCACCACCUAUUGCUCGCAGCCCACGAUUGAUCAUGGCACUGCUGCACUCUGCGCACGCUCUAUCUAUCCCGGUCCGACUGGGUAUCGAUUUUGUGGCGCGUACCCACUCCUUUUUCUGGAGCAUUCAGCACUCACUCUGUAGCCUUGAAUGUGCAUUUCUUCUGAGUCGCUGGUUACUUGCUAUUCCUGCUACUCAUCCGGAACAACGAUUAUCGGAGCACGAACGCAAACUUCUCUUGUGGAUCAAGAGCAUGAUGGAUGAAACCGAAAUGGCUGUUGAUCCUCCAGGUGCCCCAGAUCUGGAUUUCAUGGCGAAUCCAUACAAGGUACGACAAUUGAGCGUGGCCAUUGUCCGUGUCUGGGCCCGCACAUUCAAGGGAAAUACCAGUUGGGCUAUCGUGGAUCUUGUUGGAUCAAGUCUAGAUGCCUAUGCAGACCUUUUGGAGAACUAA